AUGUUUUUCGAUUUUCCGGAGGGAGCCGACCCAGCUUGGACGUCCGGCGUGGCCACGCCAGGGCGCAUCACAGAGCGCGGCGGCGUUAGGUACCAGGACGAGGAAGAGUAUGGCCCGAUGUGUCGCGACCGAGCGGCCAACGGCUACAACUCGGGAAUGGGCGAGAUAUUCCGGAAGGUGGCCGCCAUCACGCCCAUCAAGACGGAGGCAUCUGCAGAGAGCGUGCCGUGCGAGGCAGGCGUCGCCUCGACUCCUCGAUCGCCGGCUUCGAGACACGCCUCAGCGAGCGGCGCCGCCGCGCGACCUCCCGCCGCUGAGCUGUGA